AUGGAUCAGCACAAGUAUCGCACGGCGGGCGUCCAGGAGAAGCUGGAGAUCGUCGGGGUGGAGGACGAGGCCGGGAACCCCAUCAGCGCCCUGACCAUCCUGUCUCUGCUGGAGCGCGUGGCCGGCAUCAUCGACAACGUCCAGUCCUGCCAGCACCGCAUGGAGGAGCGUCAGCUGGACCUGGAGAACAACAUCAAGACCAUCCAGGGCGACGUCCUGAAGCUGGCCAAGGACCACACCGACACCAGCGGCACGGUGGAGAAGCUCCUGCAGAAGACCCGCAAGGUCAGCGCCAACGUCAAGGAGGUGCGGGCGCGAGUGGAGAAGCAAAACGUUCGCGUCAAGAAGGUCGAAUCCACGCAGGAUGAGCUGCUCACCCGCAACAAGUUCCGCGUCGUCAUCUAUCAGGGUGAGAACGAGGUCCCGUCAGUCGCCGUCACUAAGUCUCCCAAAGGAUCCGGCCUGGACGGGCUGGAGAUCGAACCCGACCUCUACGACGUCCCCGUCGACCUCUCUUCCGAUGAGGAGUACCUGAGCGUGGAGGAGGCCGACCCCUCGCGAUCCGCCCGCAUCAAGAAGUCAGUGGCGAAGAGCACCGAGACCCUGAAGGCCGCCUUCUCCAAGGAGAACAUGAGCAAAACCAAAGGCAACCUGGGCACCAAGUUCCACAACCUGGGCGACAAAGUCAUGCCGCCGGAGAGGAGGGACAAGAUGCACCAGGCCGGCGAGCGGCUGAAGCAGUCCGGCGAGCGGCUGAAGGAGAACAUCGCCAAGAAAGCGCCGAACAAAGAGACCUUCCGCAUCAAGCUGAAGAAGGAGAGAGCCGUCGCCGAGGGCCAGGAGGGCGCAGAGGCCGAGCUCCGGGACCAGGCCCCGGUGGAGGAGAAGCCGGUCGCCUACACCGAGGUCGCCAUGGAAACCAAGAGGGAGGGGCCCGUGGAAGAGGCCGGUGCCACCCGGAUAGGAGAAGAGGAUUACGGGAAGUAG